AUGGUCAAAAUCCCUUAUUCUUUCCUACCUGCUGAAGAUGUCCACACCUUCCUGCGCAAUUGGUCAUUACUCUUCUUUCACAGGUAUACCAAGACGCAUCACUACACCUUGGAGAUCAGCACACGCCUGGGACGAGGAAAUUACAAAGAACAGUUUAUGUUCCUUUACAGGGACGACCUGGUGGAUUUGAUUGGUUCCUACCAAUACAAAGACAAUGAGCCUGGAGACGAGGAUGCUUUUGCCAGAGAACCGUAUGUUCUGCGAUUCAGAUGUCACAAAACAGUGUUGAAGGAUUUGGUGCUCAUUCCUGUUCACACAAAACCCGAGGAUUCAGUGAAAGAACUGGAUGAACUUUAUGAUGUGUUCCAAAAUGUCAAGAAGAAAUGGGAGACGGAUAACAUCAUGAUACUGGGGGACUUCAAUGCAGAUGGAAAUUACGUGUCUGAAAAACAAAUGAAAAAAAUCAGAAUCCGGAACGACAAGAAAUUCCAUUGGCUGAUCGCGGACGACGUUGACACCACAGCCAGCGUUAAUAAUGACAACACUUAUGACCGGAUCGUGGUAUAUGGAGACGAUAUGUUGGAUGCUGUUGUUCCAGGUUCUGCAGAACCAUUUAACUUCCAGAAGGCCUACAAGCUAAAAGUCGAGAAUGCACUGAAAGUGAGUGAUCACUACCCAGUAGAGGUGGAACUGAAGCGGGAAAGUCCGCGGCCAAAGCGGGAAAGUCCGCGGCCGAAGCGGGAAAGUCAGCAGCCAAAACGCAAACGUACAUGUAAGAAACAAGUUCAGGUUGAAAUAACAAUGAAAUGAAAGAGUAUAAACAAUAACAAUGCAAUUCUUUGUUUAGGAUAAGGACAAGAGACUGAAUUCUCCUCCAGAAGUAACUGAAGAUCCAAAUAUGAUGAAGAUUAAA